GAGGAUCAUAGAGAUGUCUGGCGCAGCGAGCCGCCUGGCGCAGCCAUAGAGAUGCGCAGCGGGUGGCUAGAGCGCCAUUUCCGGUCCGCAAGUCCUUCCCAACAUGGCGCAGUCAGUUAACAUCACCGAGCUCAAUCUGCCGCAGCUAGAAAUGCUCAAGAACCAGCUGGACCAGGAAGUGGAGUUCUUAUCCACGUCCAUUGCCCAGCUCAAGGUGGUCCAGACCAAGUAUGUGGAAGCCAAGGACUGUCUGAACGUGCUGAACAAGAGCAACGAGGGGAAAGAACUACUCGUCCCACUGACAAGUUCCAUGUAUGUUCCUGGGAAGCUACAUGAUGUGGAACAUGUGCUCAUCGAUGUGGGCACUGGCUACUAUGUAGAGAAGACAGCUGAGGAUGCCAAAGAGUUCUUCAAGAGGAAGAUAGACUUCCUCACCAAGCAAAUGGAGAAAAUCCAGCCAGCUUUACAGGAGAAGCAUGCCAUGAAGCAAGGACCUCACUUUUAUCCCCACAGCUGUCAUGGAGAUGAUGAGCCAGAAGAUUCAGCAGCUCACAGCCUUGGGGGCCAACCAAGCCACCGCCAAGGCCUGAGGGCUUGCAGAAGGCCUGGGACUCUGGGUGUGGAUGCGAUGGUGCUUGUUCCGUGCUAAUAAACGUGGCCGCCGGGCAGAG